AUGGAAGACGAUAGUCUUCACUAUCCUGCAGGGUGUUCAACAAUUAAUACAAGACGAGGCGGGAGUCGCCGAAAUAUACCAAGGGCUGUUAAUUAUCGUGAAAAUGAUACGGACCGACAACGACGGUUCAUGAUGUCGAGUCAACCUGGAAGCGGAAGGGGGAAAGCCUCCACGCAAAGUAAACACCGUUGGUUGCCAGAAAAUUCGAGAAUCAGAGAAGGCUUCAAUGCUCCCGUUAAAUUGAAAACAAAUUAUCAAUUGCAAGAGGAAAACGUAUACGAUAGGAGAAACAAACAAAACAAGCAGAAGAAAAUUGGGUUUAAGAUUUUAGAAGAAUUAGCAAAGUCCGAAAGCACUCUCCGCACUUGUCGACCUUUGAUCGAAAUUACUACACAAGAAUGUUUGAAAAGACUGAGCGAACAAACCGAGUUCGAACUUUCUGACGAAUACAAGUCGAAAUUAAGUGAAGUACGAUCUAUUUUGACGCAUCAUGAAAAAGAUGACCAGGAGAAGCCGAAAACUUCAAAGCACGUCCUUGAAGCUGACGACUCCGAGCCACCGCAAAACUUCCGUGAGCUGAGCGUUAUCCCGACUUGUGAGGAUCUGUUAGAGCGGCGGCCAUUUUUACGUCCGAACAUCGUAGACGGCGCCUACCACAACCUGGAACACUAUUUGGACGUGCAAUUCAGGCUGCUACGGGAGGACUGCUAUGGGCCCAUCCGGGAGGGAAUCCAUCAAUUUAUUGCGCAGCCUUCAAGGCAGAAAUACGACCAUGUGCGGCUCUUUCGAAAUGUUAUAUUUAUUGAACCAUAUGUUUCGGAAUUGAAAUCCGGGUAUUUGAUCCAAUUGCAUCAUACAGUUAUAAAAAGAUUUAAAAUGAUAAAAUGGGCGCAUAGCAAGCGUUUCAUAUAUGGUUCACUUAUAUUACUCACAAAAGAUAACUGCAAAAGCUUUAUUAUGGCCACAGUUCUGGAUCAUAACCCAAAAUACCUUGCACAAGGAAAGAUACCGGUAUCCCUGGUAGACAAUUCAAUUGGAAUGGAUAUUUGUUUUACCAGAGAAAGGUACACAAUGAUAGAAUCCGAAGUUUACUUUGAACCAUAUUAUCACGUUCUUCAUGCACUGAAAGAUCCAGAGUUUCCGAAGCAUUUGACGAUGAGCAAAUACAUUGUUAGUGUAGACCCGGAACCGAAACUACCAUGUUAUUUGCAACCAGAUGAUAGGUACGAAAUUAUUUGUGAAGACUUCAUUGAUGCUUCAUUCCAAGUGGCGGAUGCUAAUACCUGGCCCACCAAUGAACAGUUGGGCUUAAAUGAAAGUCAAUACGAAGCCUUUAAAUUAGCACUAACUCAUGAGUUUGCGGUCAUUCAAGGACCUCCGGAUUCUAUUGCUCGCAUCGGCAGCCAGUCCCGCAGCGAAACAAUGGAACAAUAUAACAUUUAUAAUUUAAGGAAAAGGUACCGUGCCGAUUAUUUAGGAGGUAGAAAUCUAUUUUAUGACGAAAAGAGCAAUUUAAAAAGAAUUCAUACGUAUCUCAAGAGUUUUCAAGAACGUCUUUAUUCUUUACCCAACCAAGUGUUAAGUUACGAGUGCGUGAGUCGAUACUUCGCGGAAAUCAAAGCCUUGCUUCGUUUUUAUGGCCGUGACGAUGAGGAUCCUUUGCAUCAAUGGCUAUUUGAAAACAUGGAUUGCAACGUGGAACUGUCAAAUCUUGAUGAUGACCAAGAAGAUUUCGUAAUAGAUGAAGAAGAUUCCAGAAACAAAAGGAAUGAUGUGUUAUGGGACUGCUUCGACGACGAUGUAACGAAUGUAAAUUUUAGUAGUGAUUUGGAAAAUCUCCAAGUCACUUUUUCCCUAAAGGAUGCAAUUGCGGAAAUAAAGACUCUUACGGCAAAAUACGGCAAAGCCAAAAAUGAAGAAGAACUUAGAUAUAUUCAUUCAAAAAUGUAUAUUUUGAAUGGUAAAAUCAAUCUAUUUAGAGAAAUGUCUGUUAAUCGUCGGCGAGAUCAUAACGUCCAAUUGAAUAUCAGGAAUCCGAAGCAAAUGACUACACUUGAUCGCUGGGUGUUAUACUUUACAUGGUCCGACUUUAUUGUUGCCGAGCUCAUGAAAAAUGUCGUGCACAUACAGGAAUCUUUUGUGAAAGCCGCUACAGAUUAUGAAGAGUCCAGAAUGAUAAUGGAUCAAGAAGUGUUAAAAAAUGUAAAAGUAAUUGGCAUGACAACGACUGCAGCUGCGAGGCAGAGGAAAUUAAUAACAUCAUUGGCACCACCAAUAGUAAUAGUAGAAGAAGCAGCAGAAGUACUUGAACAGCAUAUAAUAACUUCGUUGACUCGUAACACCCGGCACCUGAUUCUGAUCGGCGACCAUCAACAACUCCGCCCAUCUGCGGCCCAUAUGAAGUUGGCCAAGCAUUACAACAUCGAAGUAUCGCUGUUCGAACGGAUGGUUAUGAAUAAGAUUCACAGCCGGCGUCUCGGGGUUCAGCACAGGAUGAGGCCCGAGAUAGCCGCUCUAAUAUCGCCCCACAUCUACACGGACCUGGCGAAUCACCCGUCCGUGAAGGACUUCCCAGAUGUGCGAGGCAUGACGAGCAAUCUAUUCUUCUUCUCGCACGAUUACAAGGAAGAGGUAAUCGACGAGAGCUCCAGCAAAUCGAACCAAAAAGAAGCCGAUAUGGUCCUCGGAUUGGCAAAUUAUUUGAUUCAACAGGAUUACGCCCCUGGGGAUGUGACGAUCCUGUCUGCUUACUCCGGUCAAAUGUUUUACAUGCGAAAGGAACGCUCUAAAUAUGCUCACCUGCGAAAUGUAAAGAUUACCGUCGUGGACAAUUAUCAAGGCGAGGAAUCGAAAAUUAUCUUGUUGUCACUCGUCAGGAACAACGAUCAGGACAAAAUCGGUUUCUUGGGUACGGAAAACAGGAUUUGCGUGGCCCUAUCGCGAGCGCGGGAAGGUUUCUACAUGUUUGGAAAUAUAGACAUUCUAAGGAAAAAUUCAGAAUUGUGGGAAAAAAUUGCGUGCACAUUGGAGGAAGGUAGAUCACUGGGUAAAAGUUUGAAACUGCGAUGCGAACGUCACCUGGAAGAAAUCACGAUUUCGAACGCUGCAGACUUCGAUAAGUCACCAGAAGGGGGAUGCCUUAAAAAAUGCUCUUCAAAUUUGUCCUGUGGACAUCAGUGCCCCUUGAUUUGUCACGGAUACGAUCGGGGACACGUGGUCACGAAAUGUAUACAAAAAUGUGAAAGGGUCCUGUGCGAAAUCGGUCACGUGUGCCCCCUAAUGUGCGCGGUACCAUGCGAGCCCUGCAUAAAACCUGUCGAGAAGACCCUGAAAUGUGGUCACGCAAUGUCUUUGCCUUGUAGCUUGGAUAUCACCGACCCGUCCGUCAAGUGUAUCACUAAGGUCUCCGUCGUUCUGCCAAACUGCAACCAUGAGGUGCACAAGGUCUGCUAUCUGGACACAAUGUACGUCGUAUGUCCACGCCCUUGCAUAUACAGAGUUGAGAGCUGCGGUCAUGAAUGUGUGCGCUCUUGUCACGUCACUCUUGAUCCACGCCACGAAAAGUAUGUGUGCCCGAAGCCUUGCGCGAAGGCAAAACAGGGUUGCACCGCUAAUCUGCUCGGAGACAGGGGAGACCACCAGUGCACCAAGAAAUGCCACGAGACCUGCGACCCAUGCACUGUAGAGGUCAAUAAGAAACGAUCAAGCUGCAAGCAUUCGGAGCGCGUCCCGUGCAAUGUAGACGUGGACGUGACUUCUUGCAAAAAGAAAUGUUCGCGCUCACUGCCCUGCGGCCACUUCUGUAAAAACAAAUGCAGCGAGCCCUGCGGAAAUUGCACACAGAAGGUUAAUAAGACAAUACCCGACUGUGGCCACACAAUUAAAGUUGAAUGUAAGGCGCUUGCAAACAGAGAGCUGUGCACAAGUAAAUGCGAACGCACAUUGCCAUGCGGACACCCCUGUGAUCGGAUGUGCAAAGAUCCAUGCAAGCAAACUAAUUGCACCGUGAAAGUAGAUAAAGAUUUCAACUCGCCAUGUGGUCAUAAAGUUCGUUUGCCGUGUAACGUUUAUCACUUUAUUCUAAAUGAUUCAACAGCCCAGGACAUAUAUUUGCGCUACUGCGAGGAACCGUGUAAGGAAACGUUGAUGUGUGGUCAUAGAUGUCAAGGCACCUGUUCUAAAUGCUUUCAAGGGCGUAUUCAUGCCCCCUGCAAGCAGACCUGCCACCAAACGAACAUUUGUGGACACCAAUGUCAGGAACCAUGCAAUCAAGUGUGCCCCCCAUGCAAGCUGCCAUGCGAAGUGAAGUGUGCACACUCUCAAUGCAACAAACUGUGCGGUGAUGUUUGCCCGCCUUGCCAGGAGCCGUGCAGCCGGUCGUGCGCGCACGGCGAGUGCAGCCGCCGCUGCGGGGAGCCGUGCUCGCGCGCGCCCUGCGACGCGCCCUGCCCGCGGGCGCUGCCCUGCGGCCACGGCUGCCGCGGCCUCUGCGGCGAGCCCUGCCCCGACGUCUGCCGCGCCUGCCGCCCCGACCACUUCCCCAAGGACUUCCUCGGCGACGAGUUCGACGACGACGCCAGAUUUAUUAAAUUGCAAGACUGCACGCAUGUUAUGGAGCUUGAAAACAUGGAUACUUUCAUGAUGGCCGACAAAGAAACCAUCGCAAUACGAACAUGUCCCUUUUGCCGAAAGCCAAUUAUCAACACUAGCCGCUACAAGGACCUUGUGAACAAUACUUUUGCAAUGGAAAUCAACCCCGUGAAGGAGCGUGUUUAUGGAACUAAAGAAAAAAUCGAAAUUAAAAAGAAAGAAUUGUUGGAAAAACUCGACCAUUUAGGAAAUGAAUUUAGAAUCACUUUCAGGGAUUCCGCAGAAGGGAUAAGAUAUUUAAAAAGUAUUCUAGCAAAAGUAAAGUGCAAAGUGAAUUUAUCUCUUCUGAGCUUGGAAAUGCUUUCUAUUCAUUUGGAAAUAUUGGAAAUGAUAUUUCAUAUACACCAGAAAUAUGAACCUUCUAACACUAAUGAGCUAAAAAAUGAAAUAAAAGAACAAAUGACAACAAUAUUUAUCUAUUCAAAUGCAAAUAUAAACAAAAUAAGUCAACAACAACAAAAAGACAUUGGUAAUGAGAUUAAGAGGAUACACUCUACGGUUCAACUGAGCAAAAUAUUGAGCCAUGCAGCAUACAUGUUGGCGAAAACACACCCUAACGUGAAUCAAGCCUUGGCCGGAGCUAAACAAAGCAUACUUGGCUGGUGCGUAUUUAAUGAACAGAAAGCGGUUAAAUCCCUAGACGUGUUGCAAGAAGCAGUGAAACUCUCCGGGAUAGUGACUAAACAGGAACGGGACCUAAUCGUGAAGGCGAUCGGUCUCAAAGCGGGGCAUUGGUACAAAUGUCCAAAUGGCCACAUCUACUGCAUCGGUGAAUGUGGCGGUGCCAUGCAGGUCUCCAAAUGCAUCGAAUGUGGCGCCGCUAUAGGUGGACAGUCGCACACGCUGCUCAGAGACAAUGCCCACGCGCCCGAAAUGGACGGAUCUUCGUUCCCCGCUUGGUCUGAACAGUACAACAACAUGGCUAAUUUUCAUUUGGAU